GUAAUUCCUGUUUCGACCUCGAAUGACACCGAGAUCUUUUUCUUAACCCGCCGCCCAUCACGCACACCAUGUCCUUCAAAUCCACCGGUCCCAAGACUCGACCAGAACGUGUAAAACCCGCUCAACCAACAGAUACCACUCCUCUGCCGCCGUCAUGGUCGCAAUCCCGCCGCUCCUCCUCCUCGUCCUCCAUCGCCUCCUUCCACUCGGCACGAUUCCCUCCAGAUGAAGAGUCCCGAAUGCUCGCCUCCUCACACGACCUCAAAUCCCAGGCGAACACACAAUUCUCCAACCAAGACUACUCCUCCGCAAUCGGCACCUACGACCGCGCGCUGGCCGAAUUACCCGGCUAUCUCGACUUUGAAAUGGCCGUACUACAAAGCAACAUCGCGGCCUGCCACCUGAAACUCGAGCAAUGGAAAGAAGCCGUCGACAGCUGCGAGAAGGGUCUAGAGGGACUCGAGCGCGAAAUGCCCACAAAGCCAAAACAAAAAGCCAAAGCCCGGACAAAGAAGACAAAGACCACCUCGAACAAGGACAAAGACAAAGAGGCCACCAACGGCACUCAGAGACGAACCAGCAGACUCAACUCAGACACCGAGACCGAGUCCGAGUCCUCCUCGCCCGUCGUCUCGCCGAAAAAGGACAAAGGAGAUGACGACCAGGAGGACGACACGGUGGUCGAACUCCCCUCCGACGUCGACGAGGCUUCCACACUAGCUGCCCUCCAACUCUCCGAUGCACGCAAAUCCGACAUCCACCGCAUCCGGACAAAACUACUCCUCCGGCGUGGUCGAGCGCGAUCGUGUCUCGAACCGCAGACCUGGUCCAACCUUUCCGCCGCACUGGAAGACUACACAACCCUCCAAAAGCCCGAGUACUUCAAUGCACUGCCCCCUUCGGACCAAAAGACCGUCCGCCAGGCUCUGGUGUCCUUACCGCCCAAAGUCAGCGCGGCUAAGGACAAGGAAGUCGCUGACAUGAUGGGGAAGCUGAAGGACCUGGGCAAUGGCAUCCUGAAGCCGUUCGGCCUGAGCACGGAGAAUUUCAAGGUCGUGCAAGGUGAGGGUGGCGGGUAUAGUCUCAGCUUUGACGGCGGAGGAGGGAAGAAGGCGUGAUUCAUGAUGCGUGAUCUCUAUGCGAAGUAAGACAUGAGUCAACCAUUUCUACUGGUAGUCCUGGGUUUUUGGUGAUGGACGGUCUUGGAUAUGUCGAUGUCCGAACAUGAUGAUGAACUGAUGGGCACAAAAAGCAAAAGUCCUCAACGAGAAAAGAAGUACGAAGUAAGAUGGAUAGCAUGUAUGAAAAUGCGAAUAAUCUCUAAGGUACCUAUUAUGCUGCGG